AUGCCGACCAAGAACCCCACUCCGUCGGACUUCCCCUCCAACCUCACCGUGACCAUCACCCUCCCACCCUCCACCUCCGCGUCCACUCCAGCCCCAAACAUCCUCCUCUUACUCCACGGCAUCGGUGACACCGCCGCAGGCUUCAGCUCUUUCGGCCGCGCCCUACGCCUCCCGGAGACCACCGUCGUCACCAUUCAAGCUCCAGCCCCGCUCCCCUUCGACCUCGGCGGCUUCCACUGGGGCGACGAUGUCGCCUUCGACAGCACCACCGGCGCCCUGGACAUGGACGCCGGGCUAACGCGGAGCACAGCCCUGCUCGCCAAUGACGUCAUCCGCGGGACACUGUUGCGUAAAUGCGGCUACCGUCUGCGCGAGAUCAUGAUCCUGGGCUUCGGGCAAGGCGGGAUGGCGGGUCUCACUGCGGCGCGUGAGCUGGGUAGUGCCGAUGGCAAGGAGAGUGAGAGCAGCGGGGCUCUUGCGGGAGUGGUUUCGAUCGGGGCGCCGUAUGCGCUGUCUGGGACGCGGUCGGGGGCGAAAAAUCGCACGCCGGUGCUGUUGGUUGCUGGGCGGGACUCGGCGGCGGUGACGGAUGGUGCUGUGCGCCGGACGAAAGAGGUGUUUGAGUUUGUGGAACUCAGUCGGUAUGCCAGAAGGGGCGAUGGCAUGCCGUCGAAUCGAGAUGAGAUGCUGCCUGUUAUGCAGUUCUUUGCGCGCCGGUUACGAAGUCGGCAGGGUGUGCCGGAGGGGAGUGUUGAGAUUGGAUGA